AUGUUAGGUGUUAAGUUUAAAUAAUCAUUAACUUAACAAGAACCAGUAACAAUUAAUUCAAUGAUUUUAAGUCCGUCUCAUCAUCCAAUAAUGAUGUUUGAUUUGCUAUUAAGAACUUGGUAAUACUUUAAAAUUAAAAGGAUAAAUUAUUUUUGCUCAAAUAGCCCAUUAAAAAGAAAUUUUGAGUUGAUAGAGCCUACUUUUGAAUUUCAUAUUCCAAAAAUUUAAAGAAAGAAUAUAAAUGUUAUCUUAAAUAUCAACAACAAUUAGGCCAUAUGGAAUAAUUCAUAUAAUCAUCCUCUAGCGAAAGUAAUGCUAUAAUUACCAAAUUUAGGAUUACCUAAAGCUUUUCAUUUACACUUAGAAAUCCUAAAUUUAGGUUUGUAUCCAUUUGUAUUAUAUGAAAAAACAAUUUACUUAGAAUAAUUGGUAAUUUUUUGUUGUAAAUUAGAUUAUUGAAAAAUGA